AAUAAUCGUGAUCAUACAGCAGAGGAGUCGCGAUUUGUCAUAUGACAUUGAGCAGCAAGUUCAAGGUUUCGCGAUUAUUCCCGGAAUAGUUACGAGACUUUGUCCACGCGGAGCUGCGAGUCUCUUAAUAAUAUACUUUAUUGAUGGUCUUGCGCUUUACUGCGAGACUCGUGUUGAUCGCGUCGCGUUAAAUAACCUCGCGAGUGUUUCCACUGUGGUGUUUCUAACCUCAAACAUGGCCGACUCGGAGCAAGACCCGGGAGACCGGGUCGACGGCGAUAACCAGAAAAACGACAAAAUGUUCACCCUGAAAAAGUGGAACGCCGUGGCAAUGUGGAGCUGGGACGUGGAAUGCGACACUUGUGCCAUUUGCAGAGUUCAAGUUAUGGACGCCUGUCUGCGAUGCCAGGCGGAGAGCAAGAAGGAAGUUUACGGACGACAGGAUUGCGUGGUCGUCUGGGGCGAGUGCAACCACUCGUUCCAUUAUUGCUGCAUGUCGCUCUGGGUCAAACAGAACAAUCGUUGCCCGCUGUGCCAGCAGGAAUGGUCUAUCCAACGAAUGGGAAAGUAAUCCUUCGCGUCCAGGAUUAUCCUGCCGUCGAGAAAAGCACGCGUUCUCUCUGUCGGUCUUUGGAUUCGUUUUUCGAAAGCCUCCGAUGGAACUUGGUAAUGAUAUAUAUAAUGUGUUUUAUACGAGGGUGUUAUUUUAUAGUGAUAUACAUACACGGAAAAUAAUUAUUAUUAUUCAUAAUGUUUAAUUCAAAAUUAUUAUAUUCUU